UAACUAGUGUUUUUAAAAUCCCAUAAAGGUGUGGUGAGAAUGGUCGAUCGGCGCGACGAUGGACAGUACAACAGUCGCAGCCGCGGGCCUCGGAGUCACCUUAGUGCUACUUCUACUAUUUAUAAGGUGGAGAUGGAGGAGAAGCAAGGAAAAUUCGAGUACGGAGCCGUUACCACCCUCCAAUCAAGUUCAAUUAGUGCACCGUCUCUGUCCUCAUCACAAUGUGAUUCAGAGCUUCGAGGUGGAGCAGAAGGAUAGCCUCGACGAGCACCUCGACGUGCUCACAAGAAAACUGGCAGAAAAGGAAGGUCGACUCCGCUUGUCGAAAUCCAAAAUUCGGGAAACGCAAAACGAAAUCGAGAACUUACAAGCUAUCGACCAAGGUGUGAGAUCUCGGUAUAGGGAAAUUAUGGAGUCGUUGCGAUCGGACCUGCUGACAAACGAGAAAGAGUGCAAGAAACUGCAAGAACGAAUCGAGUGGGUAUCUCGCAGGAGGGCCGAAAUCAGGGAAGAGGUACGCCGCGGGCAAAAACUGUAUGGGGAGGCAGCGGCAGAGUUGGCCAACAACUUGGUGGAGUUACAACGGGGCCGCGGCAAUGAUACUUGGGCGCCCAACAACGCAUAUGUUGACGUCCAACUUUCUCACUCACGACUCAACGACAAUCGGUACUCAGAUCUGCGAUUCACGGACAACACUCGGAUCACCGACAAGCCGCAAUCAAUCAGUCAGACGAGCUCUAUGCGCCACCGCAAGGAACCUCACCUGCCUCGGGCCACUCCCCUCUCCACCCUAGGCUUCAAGAGUCCCCCUAAUACCCCUGAUGCUGUGAUUUCUCGUAUCAAUCAAACUCAUGAAAGGAAGAGAACUGAGUAUUGAAGGCUACAUUCACAUACAGAUAUUCGAAAAUUGUAACUGUUACUUUCUCAUUUAUAGUCUGCUUAUUUAUUUUAUUAUUAUAUUAUAGUUUUGAAAUAAUUUAUUAUUGUUAUUUGGAUUAAAAAAUAUUUCUAAUAGUAUUUUGUGUUGGUUCAAUAUAUUUUGUAUGAUG